GCUCUACUUACGGUCAGCAGAGAUCUGUUGGUGGUGAUCUGAGACCUUUUCCCAGAGCCUGAGCUGCAGAGAAGCUGGUUUGAAGCCCCUUAUGGAGGUGCCAGAAUUGACCUAGAGAGCCUGAACCAAUCUAUAGCUUGAGAAAGGUUUGCACUCUGAGAUGACAGACAGUGAGCUCGUAGUGCUCAUUGCCUGCUGGACAGGCAGCCAGGCCUCAUGGAGUGAUUGGAGCAGUCCAGCAGUCCUCAUUAGAGGCUCCAAGGUUUGGGAAUGAGCUGUCGUGUUUUGAUCUGGGUUAAAGACAAGGUAUAUUGGCAUCACCCAGUGGUGAUGUCAGCAGAAGAGGGAUCCAGAGCUUGAUUCAAGCUUUGUGUAGCCCAAAAAAGUUGUAGUCUCUGAUCCAGAGUACAUCUUUUAAGCUGAAUAUAUUGGACCAGACUUCUCAAAUAGUUCUAACAUUUAGUAAAUACCCUUUGGGCUCUCUCAGUGCCUACUGUGAGCAUACCCUUCAUUUUAGGAAACAGUUUUACUGAGUAAAAUGUACUUUCAUCCCCUUUAUGUUGCAGGUGAUUGAACCUGAUAAUUCAGUGAGCUGAGGUGAUCUCAAGAGAAGAAUGUUUUAGGACACAGCUGAGUUAUUGAGGGAGGGCUGCAUCCUAAGAGCUUUGCAAGGCUGAAUUUUAAAGAUCCCAGAAGAUGGUGUCUGCUUGCAUCCUGGUGCCAAGGUACUGAUGGCAGUGGAUGUCACUGGAGUAGUUGUCUCACAAAGGGAAGAUUGCCCCUGCCAGCCUGGGAUUGCUUCUGCUCCCCAGAUCAGUGAGACAGGGAAGGUCACAGGAGUAUGGGAGGUCUCCAGAUUCACUGAGACUUUGUGUCCAGUUUCCAAAAUCUGCCAGCAGUCCUGCUCUGAGCUCUGUGAGUCCUAGGACCUGGGAACUUGGCCUUGGAGUACAUAAAAGCUUUAGGGUGGCUGUACCAUGAGCUCACCUUUCCACUCACCUUCCCCAUCACUCUCUCCCUGUGCAGUCUGACACAGUUUAUGUGUUUUCAUUUUAUAUCACACAAGUGUGAAGCUAGUAGUUGACAGAACCCUCUUUUUGGAGGAGGAGAAGAUUAUUGUUGGGUAUGUCCUGAAGCAAAAGUUUGAGAAUAAUAUCCUGGGGAAAUAGUGGAUAGAUCAAACUCUGAGGCCUGCUGACUUCAGAGUCGGGCCUGUGGGAGGUCUGAGGUUCACCUUGGCUGGGGGAUGUCCCAGCCAGUUUGGUCAGUGCUCCACAGAGCUGCUGGCCCUGCCCCAACACAGCUCUGUGACUUCCCCUGUGUUGCCCCUGUGCCAACAGGUAACCAGCAUACGCCUCCCUACCUUUGUAGGCUGUUCUGCUUCCUGGCCUUGCCAUCUCCUGGCAGGUACAUUGCUGACAGAGCAGUAGGGGACAGGUGUCAGCCUGCCUUACUGACAGGGUUACAAAAUGGAUUCCAGGACCAAACCCAUUCCACAAAACAUCAGGAUUAAAUAUUGAAAUCCUUGGCAUUGCCUGUGUGCUUAAAAGUGCUGAGGAAAAGGGCUUUAUCAAGAGGGAGGAUCAGCUGAAGCUGCGAAUUGUCCCUUGGGCUCCUGGUUCUUCCCAUGGAGCAUCUGUGCUCCCCUGCCUUUGGCUCUGCUUCCAUGAGGCACUUCCAGCCCUGUUGCUGGACCAGAAGACCGGGGAUGGAAGGGAGCCCAGAGAACUGGGACAACAAGGAACAGGAGAGGAGCAGAUAAGGGAGUGGAUUUUUUUUGCAGGUUGCUCAUGGAAGCAGUUCUCCAGUUAGGGCAGUGGGUGGGGAGAGUAUCCUCAGACCCCAGGUGUAUCCCUGUGCUUGCUGCAGCACUUGACUCAGCCAGGCCAGGGGCUGGGCACAGUUCUCUGUUCCCUACUUCUCUGUCAGCCAGCAGCCUGCCCUUUUUGGAUUUGUGUUUUGUGUUGGGGCUGCACUGUCUGUCCUACAAAUGGGCCAGGGCUUCAUCAGCCAGACUGUAACUGGAAAUCUGCCCUUGUAGCUCAGUUGGAAGGAACAGCAGCCAGUGCCCCAGACAACCCUCUCACUCUCAUCCCUCAGAGCCCAUUUGUGAGCCUGUAAUGUGCUGACCAUAAUAAAGGGGAGCUCCCAUAAUGAGGGAACGUUUCCAUCACUACCUGUAACCAUUAAGGGGGGGAUCUUGUGCUAGUCCAUACUGGAAUCGCUCACUCUUCUGCCUCAUGAGCUGUUGAUAGCACCUGAGGAGGUCAGUAAUCCUCCAGGAAGUGAGUGAUACAUCCUGGCCUUUGAUUUAGCCUGCUCAAACAGGCCUACUUCUUAAAUUUAACGGCCUUUAGCAAAAAUUUUACUGUGUAAAUUAAAAAUACUAAUACAGUGAAUUAUUUAUUAUGGCAAGUAAUUCCACAGAAGGGUACAGAAAGAAAAAAUUUCCACAAGAUCUUAGUAAGGUACAACAUGAUCUACUCUAAUAUGAUUCCACAAAAGCCUUCAUGGCUAAACCUCAGGGUUUGUCCUAGCCAAAAGCAAACAUCUUUCACAUGAUCUCAGCAUAACAGGGUAUCACUGGUUCAAUGAUGGUCUGGAAGGUUAGGAAGUGAGUUGUAUUCACUGCUUUUUUCUUCUCUCUUAAAAGUCUCAUCAUUCAGAAGUAGAAAGGUAAUUGUAAACUACCUGUAGCUUGCAAAAUGCAGCUGGCAGUGAGGCAUAAUCCCCCUGCAUGCUCACAAUUGUUGAAGCAGACUUUAUUUAAAGGAAAAUAAGUAGCAGCUAAGUAAAUGCACAGGAGGGAGUGAUUUAACCAACCCAUUGGAUGAAAGUCAGGGUAGGGCAAGAGGAGUCAUGGGACUGUUUAAAUCUCUCAGAAAUGUGAUGAGCUAAUGAGCAAUAACUACUUUAUGUACCAUUACUGGGCCCCUCCUACACUCAGGAGUAUUUCUACAUUUCUCAUGCAACCUGCUUGUGUGACAAAUCCAUACACACACUGCACCCAAUUAGUGUCAAGCAUUAGAGCUGCUCUGCCUGUCUCACCUCUCUAAACCCCUCCUGGAAGCAAUUUUCCCAGCAUACAAACAAUAAAUCACCAUUUUCCUAAAUCUCUCAGAGGACAGCUCCCAAAUAAGGGCCAAGUAAACACAUGUAAUACAUGAUAGUCUAUUCGUUAGGUAAUCUUCCCAGCAGUAGAUGCAGGGUAUUAUCUGCUUUAAGUGUUCAAUGUUACAUGAAAUUAAAAAUGUCAGGGGAGGUGAAACAAGGCACUUGAAUAGGCGCUUGUAGAAAAGUAGUGGAAUACCUUGCUUAAACAAACACAAACCCCAAUCCUUUCUCCCUCUAAAAGAAUAACAAAAAUACCAAAAAACCACAGCAAACAGCCAAACAAACUGGAAAAGAAAAAAAAUGCACACCUACUAUAGGAAAUAUAACUUACUUUACCUGUGUUCCAGUCUCUCAAGAAGCAUCAGGAGAUGAAGUGAAGAGAGCAGAGGAGGGAAUCCUUACUGGGGUACCAAUUGCAGCAGGGUUAAACCAUUAGGUGAAUUUGACAAAUGACAACAUGACCACACCUUGUGUAAUCAAUAGCCACUGUGCUAUUGGUGUGUCCCAAGGAGCCUCCUUUGACACUGGCUGUCAUUCUUCACAGACAUUUUCAGGUGAUCAAACAUCUGGCACCUUCUGCUGUGGUCCACUGGAGGAAUUUGCCCCAUCCUUUCCUUCUCUUGUUUCUUUGUGGUGAAGGCUGGCUGGCUCAGAAAACAUCACCUGCCAGUGAGGGAGCAGCUGCCCUGAAAAGCAAACAGCCCUGGGGUGGCUCCAGAUAACUUGUGCUGAAGAGAUGUGUGUCAGAGGUGGCUGAGAAAGGCUCCAGGGGAGCACCCGUGACCUUACAGCACAUACAUGAUGAGCAGAGCCAGAGGCUUAGUGUUGUCAUUGCCCUCUGUGGCUGCUGGGGACAAGUGGGGUGGAGGGCACAUUUCCCUUUGCUGUCCCUGGCCCAGCUGCACAGGUGUUCCACCUGUGCCUCCCUGGGAUGCCCUGAGCAGGAGGGUGGCAUGCCUGGGCUUCAAAACUCCCAUCAUGGUGUCCUUGCUUAGCUUUACCAGAGCCCAGGGCCUCUCCCCACAGAGUGGGUUCCAUGUCCCCAGUGCCCCCCUGAUGUCCCAGAGAGGCCAAACAAGUGGGCCUGGGUCUCCAAGCUGAGCAGGGGCUGUGCUGGAGCAGCCACGGGCAGGACUGAGGGGUCCUGGCUGCUCAGGGCUACUGAGGAACAUUAGUGCCUGAGGCAGGCUGGGAGCUGCACAGCUCCUCUCUCCAUGCCAGCGGGAUCAGCCCUUGGCCACCUUGGCUCAGGGACAUGGGAGCACAGAGCCGCAGUGUGACCUCGUAACCAGAGGAGCCGGCACCGCUCAUCCCGUGAGUCAGGGCAGGCCACGUGAGGCCCCAGCCCCGACGCCUUCCCACCCACUGGGAAUGCUGGCACUGGGAUCCUGACCCAGCAUCCUGAGCCACCACACAGCCUGAAGAGCUUUGCAACAACCACAGAGAGGCACACUGUGUGAAAGGAGAAACAUAAACCAGCUACAUUUGACAGCAGGAAGGCACGCAGAAGGGUAGCAGAAUUAUUACCAAGGAGACUGGAGUAGGAACCGUUUCAACUGAGCUGGUGUGGAUCAGUUUUUGUUGUCUUACAGGAAGAAACUCAGCUUUCACUAAGGCUACAGCCCUCCAGGACAUCUUCCUGUGGAACCAACUGCUGGGACCAACCUAAGACUUGCAGGCACAGCAAUGGAGAAUUUGGAUGUCCCAAUCCCAGAUCUUACUGAAGAACAGCAAGAUAUUUUUCAGAGAGUUUUUGCUGCUGAUGCCAAGUACUUGGAGAAUCAUGAAAAAAUGAACCAGUCCUUCUGGGAAUCACUUGUGAAAUGCUUGGCCGCUACUGACCCAGCUAUCCUGAAUACUGAAGAAAAGAACAAUCUCCUUAACAGCUGUGAUGUCCUCCCUGGAGGCUGUGCUGCCUGCCUGGAAACCAUAGAGAAGAAAGGAGUCAGGGCAAUGGCUCUUCUUUACCUUUUGCUGAAGACUUCCAAUCCAUCUGGGUACAGGCAGCUGCCCAGCUCCAAGGGAAAGGAUGAAAAAUUGAAACUCCUGAAGAGAUUGGAAAGGAAUUUUGUAUAUUCAGAAGAGGACAAAAAGUCUGAAAAGUCAUCCCAUAAGUCCACGGAUGAAGAUACACAAGACAGUGAUGAGGAAGAUUUAGGAAGACAGAAGACUGAAGGCAAAUUACUUGAAGGAAUACCAGCAGAGAUGGUUCCCUACAGAGGUUCAGAGAUUGCCAGAAGAGAAGAUUCAGAUGCAGAUGCAUAUGAGGAGAGCACUCACCCCCCUCAGUGGACAGUACGGUGGAUGGGCAUACGGAAGGAUGAUGAAUUCUUUCAUUUUGUCAUUCUUUGCUUUGCAAUUGGAGCUUUGCUAGUUUGCUUCUACUACUACAAAGAUUGGACUAUUUCUCUUGGGAUUGGUUUAAUCACCUUUGCUUCCCUGGAAACCACUGGGAUAUACUUUGGCCUGGUGUACCGAAUUCGGAGUGUCCUUGACAGCUUUGUUCCUUUCAUUGACAGAUUCAAGCCAAGAGGCAUGAGGAAAGCUGCCUAGGAGGAGUAUUUCAGGAGAGUUCCCCAAACCUGGCUGUCCAAAUUUCCAGUACUAAAGGAACUGCUUUAUGAGGUGAACUUAACAACCAAAUGGCCAGUGUGGAAUACUGAAAUGUGAAACCUCUGAAAAACAUCACUCCUUUCCCUCCAAAAUAAACCUGAAACUGGGGUACAGGGCCCCACUGUGGAUUCUGAAGCAGUUUGGGGCUUGUCAGAUCUUGGAAGACAAUGGCGAUGUAGCUUUGUGUUCAGUUCCAUCUAAAUAUAAACACUGACCUUCUCUCCCCCAGGCUGCCAUGUGGUUGGUGGUGCAGCUCUCAUUUGUAACAAACCACGCCAGUCUGCUGGUGCUGUACCAAAAUCAACAGACCAAUGUCCUGUGCUGGUUCUGGCUUAGGCUCUGGCUGUUCCUGUAGGAAUUCUGGCCUCCUCCUCCCCCCGUGCUGCCCAGAGCAGGCAGAGCUGGCGCUGCUCUCCCAGCUGAGCCCCAGCAGUGCCGGCACUGGGGCUGAUGAAUUGAUCGUGGCAGAACCCGGAGCAGUGGGCGGGCAGUGGUUUCACCCGAGGAGAGCUGGGGAGAUGUUACAGGCACUGACAGAGUGCUGCAGUAAUGAGAUUAUUAACAACAGCACAUUUCAUCUUUUCUCAGGAAAAACAAAGUGCUUGAUUUGACUCAUCCCCCAACCUUUUUCUUUCUUUGAGUAAAAUAAACACGGAACUCUGACAUUUGUUUCAUUUUAUAGGAUGUGUUACACAUUUCAAGAAUGUAGGGCUACUGCAGUUAUAGGAGGACUGUAACAAAAGGGGGGUAUCUUUAAAUUUUUAGCAAAAAUGUAAGGUCUUCAUACCCACAGAAUGAUGAAGGCAACCAGUUGAACAGAAAAAGCUGUAAACAUGCACUUUUAAGGAAAUGUAAAUCUGAAAGCUGUAAGCCCAAACAGCUCAGAGUUUUACAGGAACAAUUUCAAGCCUUGCUCAGAAAAUUAGAAAGGUUACUUUGUGUUGUAUGGAAUUUGAAGCACUGAGUCAGUCACUCUUGCCUGCAGUUCCAGCUGCACUGCCAGAAACACGAACAGUUGCACUUAGGCCUGCACCAACACAGCACAGCUGCCACCCAGUGCCUCAAGGGCUAAAUUGUGCAAGAAGGAUGAAUACAAGUUAUUUCAUUGUAUUUAAAUGCUCAUUUACAUGUCUUUGUAGAGAUAUUCUGCCAUUCCAAACUACUGUAUAUUUUGUGUUAGUCUGCAAAUAAAGUCUUGCUCAGA